CUCUCUCUCUCUUCGAUUGAGAUGAUACGGCGAUCGGAUGAGAGCUAGCGGAUCGACGUAAAUAACAGCGGCGGAUUGGAAAUAUUUGCAGAUCACAAUUUUUCCCUCUGUUUUUGUUUUACGUAGUUUUUGCUUCUUUUUUUUCUGUCUUCGGACAGCGAAAACCUGUUGACGAGAGGCGAAACCCGCGGGCGCAUGAGUGUGUGAUUUCUUGAAGUCCGCCGUAAGACGUGUCUUGAUCGAACGGGGAAAUCUUCGCCGUCAGUUGUGGUCACAGUAUUCUUGAAGAGACUACAAAACGUCGUUGUGUUGGAGCUAGUCAGUAUGUUUGCUUAAAAGGCGAUAUAUCGUGGCUUCAAUUGGGCCAGGUUCGAUAUCAAUCGCGCAGUUAGUUUCUCCAAGAUGUGGCAGAAGUCGCAUGGUCGAACGCAAUUUAGUGCUGUGCUGAUUAUAGUUAUCUUCGGCUUCAUUGUCGUUAACGGUGAAAGAGGGAACUCCGAAACUCAUGUGUACGGUAUAAAAACCAUCGAAGGUUGUGACCAGCAUCAUCACAACCAUAGGUUUCAUCAUGUAACACCAAGACAAGUGAACUACGCGGGUCAAGUCUACGGACAGUAUGGCCUCGGACAGCCUAUGAACCUAUUCUCACAAGUGGCAGCAAAUACAGUCGCCGUAUUGACCAAUGUUAAUAAGCAGAUUUCUUCGGCUCUCAAUCAAUUAGCUCAACCGUAUGGUGCCAUUGGUCAGGCUGGAUACGGUGUUGGUAGUUAUGGAUUAAAUCAGUAUCCGUAUGCUCCAUCCUAUCCCCAAGUUUAUCCUCAAACUCCUCAGGUCCAUGGUCGACCUCCGCAACCACCCUAUGGCUAUCAUCCAACUCCACAGCCUCCUCCACCACCACCGCCACCAUAUAGACCACCGCAAUCACCACAGAAACCACCAUUUGGUCCACCAGUACCACAUCAUCCACCUUCACAACCACAUUAUCCUCCACCACAACCUCAACAUCCACCGCCGCCACCUCAUGGCCGUCCUCCACCACAACCUCAUCCUCCUCCUCCACCACCCCAUGGUCAUCCACCACCUUCGCCCAUCAAACCUGUCGGACCACCCACAAGUCCUCCCAAACCAUUUGUGCCAAGUCCAACGACGCCAAAAGUGAUUCCUGCACCUCCCGUUCCCCCGGUUCCACCAGUACCAGCUCCACCGACCGUCAUAACGCGUCCAAUACAACCAACACCAGCGCCGCCACUCAUUCAACCGAUUGUCACAGACAAACCUGCGGUUAAAAUACCAACAACAACCGAAAUCGACAUUGAAAAUGUCUCCUAUGACAUCGAUAUUCGGGGAGAAUUUGAAGACAAGAAAACCCGGAAGCGUCGACAGCUGUUACCCAAUUUGUUCAACUCAAUUGGCAGCGUCGUUCACGCGGGAGUGAAUUUAGCCAGUAGGGUAACUAAUCCCCAACCCGUUCAACAACAACCAAGUACACUGUUGGGUGGGUUACUGCUGCGACCCGGUGCAACACAAAGACCCACAUAUCCACAGCAACCGCCUCCGCCGUCAACUCAUCCAGCACCAUGGCCGGCACCUCCGCCAUCACCACCACCAGCGCCACAACCCCCAUACGCACCAUCUACAGCGUAUCCAAUGGUGAUCCCUGUGACCACUCCACCCCCGCAGCCUCAGCCUCAAACAGCCGCCCCUUCACCAGCUGAACAGUCAAACUCGGGUGCCACAAUUCCUGAGCUAAAUCUGCAGCAGCUAGGAAAUAGCGAUUUCACUUGGACGCGGGAAAGCAUUCUGCAACAUAAUCGUGUUCGCCGUGACUCAGAUGCUAUCUAUUUUCCUACCGACAACGAUGAAGUCCGUCCCUAUCAGAUAAGGCCCGUUAGGCCUCACAAGAAACCAAACCAAGGUUCGCAAUCGGGCGCCCAGAGUUCGUCACAAAAUGUGUUCAACGGCUUCGAGCAAAGCAGUGGAUCACAGUCACAGUCCCAAAGCAUCCAGAAUGCUAUGGGUAGCUUCAACCAGAACUCCGCCGGUAGCACCUCCGGUAACGUAGCCGUCGAUGGUUCUUCCGGCCAGCUGAGUGCAGCAAACACGAUGCAGCAAAGUUUCGAAACGGCCGACUCUUCCGGCAGCAAAAACACCGCUCAAAGUCAGUCGGCUAAUUUUGAUAAAGACGGCAAUCUAGCGCUGACAUCAUCCAACGCUAACACCAAUUCCCUCCGGGAAAAGGACAAAUUCAAGGAGCAGUCUAACGCAGGAUCAUCUUCGACGAACCAAAAUCAAUUCGGAACGUCAUCGAGCAACGCCCAGACCGACUCGGAGACAUUUUUCGAGAACGGAGUGCAAGGUAGUAAGAACAGUGCUUCCAGUCAGUCGCAGCAGGUUAACAAAGACGGGUCGUUUACCGGUUCCAACUCUAACGCGAUGAGCAAUACCUUCACCGGACCAAACGGGCUGCAGGGUUCGUCCGCGUCCAGUCAGUCGUCGAGUGUCUCCCAGGGCCUCGGUGGCAGCGGAACGUCUUCAUCCGCUUCCUCUUCAUCCAGCUCUGGAAAUGGGGGGAGUUUUAGUAUCAGUGGAUCGUUCAGCGGAUUUCCGGGAAAUGUUUUCCCAUUGCAGAAUUUGUUCAGCCAGCUGAAGGGGUAGCUUUCCGGAGAGUGAGUCAUCGUUAAGUGCGUUGUAGAUUUAAGAGGAUGAAUAAUAAAAUAAAGUUUAUAAUAUAUUGUUUUUUUCCGUUGAUCAGCUUGUAUUGAUCUGGAGUUAAGAUUGAAAUGGAUUUGUACGUUUGUAUUGGUCAACAUAGUAUACUAUUCUUUAUGCAUACAGGUUUCAUAGUUUUGACGUAGGAUUACGUCUUUCGGGAACAUAUUGGGGUACAAAUUGGAAAUCGAAAAUCCAGCACAUCGUGAAAAUUGUCCAAUUUCAAACGCUUAUUGCUCAGUCAUUUCAUG